AUGCCACAGGACACGAAACAAAAAGGUUUAAAGCAGGAUGACUUUCGAAAAUUGUUGCAAACUCCAAGACCCGGCGAUGCGUCGGCUAAGGGAACGCUUGGUAUGGCAACUCCAAGGCAGAGAAUGCCACCACAAACGCCGAAAGCAGGAACCUUUUCGAAACCGGAAAUACCUUCUCUAAAAGCGAAGAAAAGUUCUCGGUUUCGCAAAACAGAAAGUUCAGAGGCCGAUUCCAAUGACAAUAAAUAUCGCGAUCGUGCAGCCGAACGUCGAAAAGGUGCUAAUCCUGAUUACCAAGAGACAGAACAGAUACUGAAAGCCCUCAACAAUAGUGAAGAAUUAGAAGCAAAAUUAAUCUACGAACAGUCGAAAUAUUUGGGUGGUGAUACAGAGCACACACAUUUGGUUAAGGGUCUUGACUACGCGUUGCUCGCCAAAGUGCGUAGCGAGAUUAACCGAGAUGGUGAAGAAGGCAAAGGGGAAAAAGAUGAUGAAGAGUUGGAGGCCGCAUUGGAAAAAAUAAAAGAGGAAUCACAAGAGACACCCAAGAUAAAUAGUCGUCUUGCGCAAAAUAUAUAUGACAUCGUCAUUGAGGAUCCCAAGAAGAAGAAACCACCUAAGUUAAAUGAACUGUUUGUUACUGGACGAAUGGCAUAUGUAUUUGAGUUGGCUGAUGAACGAGGUAGAUAUGGGGAUGCCUUUUCCAUACCGACAACUGUUAUUCGUAGUAAGGCGGAUAUCAACAAUUAUGCUAGUGUCGACAAGUCUACCAAUGAUUUGGUAAUUGAGAAAAUCUCGCGAGUAAUGGCUUAUGUGCGGAAAUCUGGUGGCAUGGAGAAUAAAGACAAAAAGGUGAAAAAGAAACCCAAAGAAAAACAACCUUCUGAAAUUAGAAACGAAAAAGUAGUUUCUAUCGAUGACAGCGAAGACAUUUUUGCGGAUUCUGGAAGAGAUUAUCAUGUUACUAUAGAGGACGACAAGCCUGAAGAGAAAGCUGAAGAUGCAAUUCUCUCAGUCAGUUCAGGCAUAGACAAUACUGUUAAUAAUUACUUUGGCACAUCCACGCCAGAAGUCGAAGACGAUCGCAUGGAUAUUGAUAAAUCAAAAGAAGUUCAAAAGUUACAGAGCCUGAUAAAAGAAGCUGCAGCCAGCGGAGUCAAGAAUAAGGAGGAGGGACCGAAUACGAAUCCCACCAAAGGAAGUUUGAGACCUUCGAAAGGCGAAGGAAUCAAGAAAAGACUGUAUGGUCAAGACAGUUAUGAUGCAGAUUAUUCAGCGUACGGCCUUGGAAUUGACAUGGUGGCAGGCACACGGGAAAGUGCCUAUGACUCUGGUCACUCGGACUCAGAUUCAGAUGGAACAGGUGCCGAGCAUACUAUCCGAGAUCAGGGAGUUACCAAGAAUAAGAAGGCUCAAUUGUCCAAAUGGGAUUUCGACACGGAAGAAGAUUGGCAAGCAUACAAGAAUAACGUUACGGCAAUGCCCAAAUCUGCGUUUCAGUUUGGAGUUAAAACCGGCGACGGUCGCAAAACUCGAAGAAGUGGCAAGGAACUUACGGAAAAGCAAAAAUUGGACAGGGACUUUCAAAAAAUUAGCAGAAUCAUGGAGCAAAAAUAUGGUAAAGACGAAAAUGAGGAAGGGACUUCACGAAAGAAACAAAAAAAAUAG